UCAUAGAAUCUCCCGAUCCCAGACCAGUCUCCCGCUGACCCAUCCUGCUCAGUGCUCACUUCCACGCGGGCCCCAGCCCGCCACGAGUCCCCGCUCCCACCUGCUCCUCGCCGCCGUUAGCGCGCCCCGAGCCCCGACAGCCUUUCUCCUUCUAGGGUUUCUCUCUGUUUCGUCCUCAUCGAAUCGGAGUUUCGCAUGGAGUCAUCGCGGUCUCGGAAGCGGACGCGCCAGGCGCAUGACUGUGCCGCCGCGCCGCCACCAGAGCGAGAAGUGGUAGCGAGGGGUGGCGCGUCGCCACCAUGGAGGGAGGAUGACCGUGAUGGACACUUCGUAUUCGACCUUGGCGAGAACUUGACCCGCCGAUCUUUACAGAUAAAAUCUUGAGCAAAAUGGGAGAAGGUUUGGGUUUUCUGCAAUCUGUCGUCUCCUCUUCUGCUGGGUAUCUCCGUUAUUAUUCUAAUGAAGAGGGCUACGAGUUGGAUUUUCGUAGGUACAUUUGGGCGUGUUUUGGAAUGCUGGGACCGUGAAACACAUGAAUAUGUUGCCAUAAAAGUUGUUCGCAGUAUCCGCAAGUACCGUGAUGCUGCAAUGAUUGAGAUAGAUGUGCUCAAUCGCCUUGCAGAAAAUGAAAAGUACAGAUCUCUUUGUGUUCAAAUUCAGAGAUGGUUUGACUAUCGUAAUCAUAUAUGCAUUGUUUUUGAGAAGCUUGGGCCAAGCUUGUAUGAUUUUCUAAAGAGAAAUAGAUACCAACCUUUCCCUGUGGAACUUGUGCGGGAGUUUGGACGGCAACUGUUGGAAUCUGUAGCAUAUAUGCAUGAGUUGCGGCUUAUCCACACUGAUCUGAAGCCAGAAAACAUACUACUUGUCUCUUCUGAGUAUAUAAAAGUUCCAAGUACAAAGAAGAAUUCGCAAGGUGAAAUGCAUUUCAAGUGCUUGCCGAAGUCCAGUGCCAUAAAGCUGAUAGAUUUUGGCAGUACCGCCUUUGAUAAUCGGAACCAUAACUCGAUUGUUUCUACGAGGCAUUAUAGGGCACCUGAAAUAAUAUUAGGUUUAGGCUGGAGUUUUCCAUGUGAUAUUUGGAGUGUUGGCUGUAUUCUUGUUGAGCUAUGCUCUGGGGAAGCAUUGUUUCAGACACACGAGAAUCUGGAACACCUAGCAAUGAUGGAGAGGGUUUUGGGACCUCUACCAGAGGAUAUGAUACGGAAAGCAAGCUCUUCAGCUCAGAAAUAUUUUAGGAGAGCAACACGAUUAAAUUGGCCUGAAGGUGCUGUUUCAAGAGAAAGCAUCAGAGCUGUGAGGAAACUGGAUCGACUAAAGGACUUGGUAUCGAGGAACGCUGACCAUUCAAAGGUGGCACUGGUGGACUUGCUAUACGGUCUCCUACGGUUCGAGCCAUCGGAACGCCUGACAGCAGAAGAAGCUCUGGACCAUCCAUUCUUCAGGAACCCAACAUGACUUGUUGAGCAGGCUUGACUCAUGUAACUCUACUGAAGGUGGUGGUAGGAAGCAGGCAGAGCCGUCCCCAUUGCAAAGCUGAAGGCAUCUUGUUCCUCUAUACCAGAGAGUUUGUGUAAGGCCUGUCAAUGGGGCUUCUUGUGGUGAUAAAACUGAUGGCUUUAGUCACCCAAUGUCAUGUACACUAGCAUUUUUCCUAGGGAGCUUAGUUCGCCAGACGGCGCUUGUAUGUUGUUAACCGGGAUACACUAUGAGCUGUGCCCCGAUGCCCUGGUGCUAUAAUCCAAUCGCAAAUGAUGAAAUCAAGCAUAGCGUGCGUCCGUAUAGUUUAUGAUUGAAUUGUACCUUGGAAUGA